CGUCCAGCCUUUUUGCUUCUCCUCAAGCAUCGCCCUCUUCAACGCUGCGUUUCCAUGCUACAAACAGAGAAUGACGGCCUCCGGGCCCUCUCAAUCUCGCCUCAUCUCGCAUGUGGGAAAUUCGGAGAAAGCUUCAAAGCAAGAGAGAUACGUCUCUCUUGUGCUCGUUUUCCAUGUCUGGCGCCCUUGUGGCUCUCGACGUGUGUCUAUCGAGUCUGCCUGUGAUGGCCUGGCGUCACCCCGACGUCUGCAACAGACAUCAGAAAUCUCAGGCCCGGGAGGACCCGCGUGUAUACUUCGGGAAGACGCGGCUGUCUCUUUCUCGGUGUCCUAUGGGAAGUCGUUGCGAAGCUUGUUGCGCAAACUUGAGUGCGAUAUGCAGCGUUUGUUUUGCUUCGGCAGGAUAAAUCACACAAUUCCGAUCAUUCUGUUGAGGGCGAUGCUUCACCUCUUUUUCUCCCCAGGUAAGAUGCUGAUAUGUAUGCCUAUUUCGCUAUUGCGCAAGAAUACUACUAAUUAUUCAAAUCUCUUGUUGAGAUUCCUAGACGUCCAAAUCGAGUAGUGGUAGGCUACUCUGCUGCGUUACUCCGACUCAUCGAUUCUCUG